UGAUCGGUGAACAAAGCCACAUAUAAAGCUAAAUAACGAGCUGAUUAUCUAUAUAAACAUAUAAUCAAUUACCUCUUUUCCUAAUAAACCCCACGAAUUAUCUUUUUGCCAAAUACCAAUUUGUAUGGCACAUGCUCUCCUUCAAUCUCCAAGGAGCAUAAUGGACCCCAACCUCCUCCCUCAAAAUCUAUGCUAUGCUUUUCUUUCUCUGCUUUUAUUCAUUCUUGUUUCUUAAAUGCUUUUGUAGGGUCAUUUUCUCUCCACAAAGAAACUUCUCACACCUCUCACUCACCCACCCACCUCUGCAAAACGCCAUAAAAAUCACCACUUUUUUCCCCCUUCUCUCAGCAAUCUCCAUGGACAACAAAAGCCUCAACCAAGAGCCCCAAACUCUGUCACCAAGAGCAAGCAAUUGCAAUUCACCCGAAUUCGAGUUUUGGAUGCUCCGUAACCCGUCUUUCCCACAACCAAACCUCCUCUCCGCCGAUGAACUCUUCGUCGACGGCGUCCUCCUACCCCUCCACCUUCUCCCCGCCACAAACAAAUCCGACCCACCACCCGAAACCCCCAACUCAGAACCACCGGUUCAUGACCCGGACCCGGAACGCGAUUCGGGUCCCGAAUCGUCACCCGCCAUAACCGACUCCUCUUCCUCCACGUUCUCCUCCUCGAAGCGGUGGAAAGACCUUUUCAGAAAAAGUGAGAAGAAAAAGCCCAACAACAACCCUGAAGGAAAAGAGAAAGGGAAGAAGAAAGAGAGAAAAAACACAAGCGGUUCAAGUUCUGCAGAGUUGAACAUCAAUAUAUGGCCUUUCUCGCGGAGUAGGUCCGCCGGGAAUACGGGCACCCGACCCAGAUUAUUUCCCGGAGCUCCGGCGACCCGAAAGGUUAACAGCGCGCCGUGUUCCCGGAGCAACUCUGCCGGAGAGUCCAAGUCCAGGAAAUGGCCCAGUAGCCCGGGUCGGGCAGGGGUCCAUGUGGGUCGGAGCAGCCCGGUCUGGCAGGUUCGCCAUGGAGGUUCCAAGAAUUCACAGCCUCAGAUUCUGAACGCUGACAAAAAAGGGUCGAAGAGAGAAAACCCCACAAUUCGCCGGAGCAAAGUGGCCGCCGGAGGAAGUGGCAGUUCAAAAGCCAGGGUUUUGAAUCUGAACGUGCCCACGUGUAUUAGUUAUAGACACCCCUUGAGCUGCAGAAGCGACGAAAACAGUGCCAUUAGUUUGAGUGGCGCCGCCACCACCGACGGCGGCGUCCGUGGCAAUAACGGUGGAGGCAACGGUGGUGACUGUAAUGACGGAGGAAGUGGGGGUAAUCUUUUUAAUCUGCGCAACCUCUUCACCAAGAAAAGCAUCUUAACCUCUCAUUAGUGUUAAUUUUUAACUAGCCACACGUUAUAUGAUUAUUUACUACUACCUUUUUUUCUUUUUUCUCCCAUGAAAUUAACUUUUUUGGGUUUUUCUUUUUAAUUUUUCUUAUACAUAAAACUAUAAGUUGCCCUUUUUAUCAUACUGUGUUUGUAUUUGUAUGUAACUGAAAAAGGUAUCUCUUUCUGACUUACAUAUUAAUUAGGAUUUAGAAUUAGAUUUGUUAAUGCCAUAAAGCUAUCUUUUUGUAUUGUGCUGCUCAUGUAAUCUGAAAUGCUUUAUCAGAAUGUAUUUAUUAUGUUAUUUAAGUAUGGUGUGGACUUUCUCUUUCUACACGUGGGCCUGUUAGCUGCUCUUCAUUUUUUCCUUUUAUCUUUUUUCUG